AUGUUGCGACAGGAACCAGGCGCCACACAGCUUGGCCUUGCUGAUCGCGGCCUGCUAUCCUUAGUCGACGAACUUCUCCUCAACAUCAUCGAUCAAAUUGACAGCCACAAAACGCUAUGCAAUCUCGCUGCGACAUGCAUACGCUUCCAGGGGCUCGUGGAGCCUUAUGUCUGGCGCAACCUGCUGGUUCUCAGGGGAGCCCAUGCGCGCAGCAUCGCCGUAGCACUCGAUAGCCGAGAAGAACGGGUGGACUACAUUAAAGAGCUAUCGAUCCGAUACAAGGAUGACUACAAGGACGGCAUAGCAGAACUAAACCAUUUCAUGGGUUUGAUGGGAAAGCUGCGCCAUCUAACGCUCGAAAGCCCAUGCCCAAACAACUCGGAAUGGAGAUCAGGAGUCUACUUUGACGGGUGGUCGACGAUUGAUUACACGAAUUUGCUCACGAGCGCCGUGUAUCCACGGCAAGGACUACCACUUGCUUUGCCUUGCUUGCAAUCCCUCACGCUACAUAGUCACGGAGCAGGAGAUAGGAAGUUUUCUCUAGGCCGCGCCGUAGCAAUGUUCCGGCACCCUACCCUUCGAAAAAUUACGCUAUCAUGUCUGAAUUUCGAUGGCAACAUGAGCCUAGAUGACAUACCUGAAGACGACCGCAAAUCUACGCCGCUACAGUCCCUGACUUUGGUUGAAUGUAACGUCCAUGUGCCCUUUUUGGCAGUUGUCCUCAGCUUGCCCAAGGCCCUGAAAGAGCUGUCGAUUGGCGAGCGACUACACACAUUCCCGGAGUGCGAGCCCUCUAUGAAUCCGUCCACGCGCACAUCUUCAAAACAGUUCCUGGUCGCAUUGCAGCAACAAGCGCAUUCACUGCAACGAUUGACACAUAUCGGUGGCCAUAUCGGCUACCAGACCCCUCGCGAGAUAGACCCAGAAGGCUCUACAAGGCUGCAGUCCCUUACCCGUCUCGAACAUCUUGAGCUCGGCUUGGAAUCGAGUUUGUAUUAUUACCUACGGCAAAACGGAUUCCCUCCCGCACUAAAGACGCUCAAGAUGCUGGACACAGCCAUAUCGCUCAAUGCAAGUCAUGACUUGCGCUCGCUAUUAGAAAUCGUCUUCCGAUCUCUCACUUCUCUCGUGACCGAGCAUCUCCCUGCAUACCUACCAAAAGAUUUCACACUUCACAUGAAUUUUGCCGAUCACCCUUUCUUCAGCCAGCUCUUUUUCAUGGAAGAGGUCGAAGAACAAAACCACAUUAUCGCUACAUAUUUUCUCAACCGCCCUACCGUAUACAAGAUCGCCACGAUACUAAAAAGCUCCAACUCGCGCUUCUGCAUUUCUCGUGAGAAAUUCUCCUCGGGCAUGUCGUACAUUCCACCAUAUAUGCACGGCGAAGAGUUACCAGUGGAGGAAAUGAUGUAUGAUUCAGACGACUAUUGGCGAUUCAACGGCUAUGACUAUCAGACCAUGGAUGAUGAGCAGUUGAGGGGCGACUUCAGGGAACAGAACAGAUUGUUUCUCUGCAUCAAUUGCCGGGAGCAUGGACUCGGCGUGGAUCAAUGUCUGCAUCUGGGUGAUGGGAGUGCUUGCUUGCCUUGUCGGAUAGUGCAUGCGAGGGCUUGUGUCUACGAAAGAAUAGCAAAUGAGGACACAGUUUCUCCUGUUGAUCUCGAGGCCGACUAG